AUGGGGUCGCUCAUGGACGGAAGGUCCAAGCAUGACCUCUGUCAGGAAGAAGGUCAUGACCAAAAACACUCUUCGGGCGCAUCGGAGAACAAGGAGUUUGACCGUCCUCCAUCUUAUCGUGAGAGUGAUGAGAGUGAUGAGACCUAUCCGUUACCUGGAUUGCCCGAACUUCGUCUCACGGGCAUCGUUCUUAGUGACACUAUGAAGACUGUGACUCCUGAUCAGGUCGUUGCACACCUCAAGUUCCUAGCUGCUCUAGCGGACCUCCGAGACUACAUAUCGGGAUUGGACGGUCUGUUCGGUAUCCAUGAUUCUGAGGCCGAUGAAGAUCCUCAGAAGGAGGAGGCGCACGCUCGUCUGCGUGAGAAGCGUUGGGCCGUGUACACGGCGCGCGCAGUUCGUCGGUACGAAACGUACUGGGACCUCAUGCCAUCAUCACAACCCCCGGUGACUAUGGACGAUCUAGAGGAUGUCAACUACAAUAAAAUCGUGGACUGUAAAAGCAUGGUGGGAUGGUCGGAGUAUAAUCUACCGCCCCUUGACAUCCUGAUGGUGAUGCACUCCCACAUGCUCAAUCCCAGAGACUUUUUGGAAGACUGCAUCCGUUCGGGCAAAAUGAGCUUUUGGAAGACUGGAUUUCCCAUCGCCUCAGUAUACGAGUGUAUCGAUGAGAGGACGCUAACAUAUCGCGCAUCCGAGUCGAGAAAAGCGGAUUUUGUGUGUCGAACCGGCAUGCAAUGGGACAAUUUGGAGGAGUCACCCUACACAACAGUGCGAUGUCCCUCCUGCGAGCAAACCAUGGAAGUGCCCUGGACCAAACGAGGAGCGGGCUCUGAUGCGAAGGAAGCCCUCAGAAACUCGACAGGCUUCGCGGACCGAUGUUUUCAGGCUACGUGCAAACAGUGCGCCUUCCUCAUUACUCAUGAUCGGCUCCGUGUUGCCAAAUUCCGCCAUGAUCUGAUGGAGCUUUUCGAGAGAAACCGGCCAAUGCCGGGCACUGUUUACAACGUUAACGGCAUCCCGGAGAGCAAGGAUUCCCAACGGGGGAAAAGGAGCCGACUUGCCGCUCAAAUGCUGUUUCCAAACCAUCUGAUGCGGAUAUUGAAGAACCAAUUGCUGGGUUGUACUGACGCCCGACUUGGUCGAUGUCUCGACAUCGCGGACCUGCGUCGGGAGAUCGAGGGGCAGAUCAAACAACGCAUACAUGUGGCUGCAGCCCACACCUUCGGCAAGAGCGGGUCGAGCUCUACCCUCCAGCCUGCUGAAAGGAUUCAUUUCCGUCGUAUGAUGUCGCACUACUGGGAAAAUUUCAGUCCCUUUGCACUCGAUCUCGUCGGUGCGGUAAUCCGUCAAGGAACUUUCGUGCAGAAGAUGGACAAGAUCGAUUGGCUACACUCUCCAACUGUCAUGAAGACCGCCGACCGCCUGAUUGAUAAGUACCGAAUUUUUGUCAAGAUUAUGAUGGAGAACCCAUCCAAGAUGGCUGUUCCGACCUUGGACGUGGAUCUCGCCUGGCAUACCCACCAACUUCAGCCCCAGCGAUAUUUUAGAUACACCACAGAGCCCAAAGAUGCGACUACGCGCUUCCAGCCGAUCUUUAUUGACCACGACGACAAAGUCGCCGAGGACAAACUAUCCGAUGCUUUUGAAUGGACUACUAAGAUGUACCGCCGUAUAACUGGGGGUGAUGUCUACAGCGAGUGCACCUGCUGGUAUUGCGAGGCCACACGCGCACCAGAUCUGUACCAACGCUUUUUCCGCUUGGGCUCCACUUCGCGCGCUCUCAACAAUGCGCAGACGCUCCAUGAUAGGAGAGACAUCUCAUCAGACCCUGAAAGGAAUCCGCACAUUUCUGCACACAACGCUGUGAGACCAAGUGAAGGGCCCGCCAGCGAUGUCCAAGCUCGAGCACGAAACCUUCAGGCUUUGCGGCUCCGUCGCAAUUAUCAGACAGCUGCACGAAGAGCUGAGAAACGCGGGCAGGCUCGUUCAGACGCGAAGAAGACUCUCGAAGGAGGAUAUGAGCCCUACUACUAUUAUCCAUAUGCAUGGGGUUACCCCGUCGUGAUACCCUACUACGGUCCCUACAUGUGUGAUCCGGGUAUCAGCUCGGACAACUACGCAUGUAACCCCAGCUGUAUGAACGUCGGGAUAGGAAUGACCGGCAAUUGCUGUGCCGGAACAUGUGGUGGAGGAGUUGCCGCUGGUGCAUGUGGGGGUGCUGGAUCCGCUGCUGGCUGUGCCACUGGCGCAUCGUGCGGAGGAGGUUGCGGCAGUGGUGGCGGUGGAUGCGGUGGAGGAGGUGGUGGUUGUGGAGGAGGCGGCGGAGGCUGA